AUGAAGCCCGAGUAUUUGAUGCUAGCCUUACUAAUUCCCGGUCCGUCUUCCCCUGGCAAUGACAUUGACAUAUAUUUGCAGCCACUUAUCAAGGACUUGAAGGAUUUGUGGGAGUUUGGGUUGGAAACUUAUGAUGCUUCGACUAAUCAAAGGUUUGACAUGCAUGUAGCAUUGAUGACUACCGUGAGUGAUUUUCCGGGUUAUGCAAUAUUGUCUGGGUGGAGCACAAAAGGUUACUUGGCAUGCCCUGAAUGUCAUUAUGAAACAAAUUCCGAGUGGUUGCCUUGUAGUGGUAAGAAUGUGUAUAGGUCAAAUCGUAAAUUUUUGGAUCCAUCUCACCCUUGGCGUCAUGAUAAGAGGAAUUUCGACAGAAAACUUGAGGAAAGAUGUCAACCUAUUCUAUUGAAUGGAAUUGAUAUUGAGAAUAUGUUGCGUGAUUUUCCAAAUGCAUUUGGAAAGAAGCAAAAGAAACCAAGGUGUGAUGUGGAUGAUCCGACUCUAUGGAGAAAGAAACCCAUAUCAUUUGAGUUGCCAUAUUGGAAGCAUUGCUCUAAUCGCCAUAAUCUUGAUGUAAUGCAUAUUGAGAAAAAUGUCUUUGAUAAUGUCAUUGCGACGUUAUUAGACAUUUCUCAGAAGACCAAGGAUAAUGUGAGUGCUCGUCGAGAUUUGGUAGAACUUAAUCUGAUGCCAGAACUCCAACCAAUAGAAUUGGAAGAUGGUAGUGAAGAAUUUCCAAGAUCUUGCUUUUGGAUGUCAUUGGAGCAAAAGCGUAUAUGGAGUAAAACUAUUGAUCCUCGAGGUCUUGGGAAAUUGCAAUCCGAGAUAGUUGAAACUCUAUGCCUACUUGAGAGGAUUUUUCCACCUGCUUUUUUUGAUAUAAUGGAACAUUUACCCAUACACUUAGUAGACCAAAGUAGGACGUCCUAUCAAAGGAAAAGGAAGGACCUCAAAGAAAAAAAUCGUGGACACAUAAUUGAUCGCAUUACAUGGGCACAAGCGCAUCGUUAUGUUUUGUUCAAUUGUGAUUGUGAGGAAGUUGAGAAAUAUAUAAGUGAGCACAAGAUUUGUGUAAGUGCUAAAAGGAAAAGAAAAUGGAAUAGUGCUCAAGACCAUAGCAUAGAUUUCAUGGAUUGGUUUAGGGAGAAAGUUGAUUUGAUUCUUAAAGAAGGCCAUGAUAAUAUCCAGGACCAUAUUUUGUGGUUAUCAAAAGGUCCCUCUCACGUUGCCAAAAAGCACACAGGGUACUUAGAUAACGGCUAUAGGUUUCAUACCAUGAAACGAGAUGCAAACUGCGUAACUCAAAACAGUGGCGUCACUCUUACAGCCACUACACAUAGCUUUGCAAGCUCCAAAGAUCAAAAUCCUGUUGUGGGAAAUGUUAAUUAUUAUGGUUCAAUAACUGAAAUCAAUGAGAUAUCCUAA